AUGCCCGUGCGAGAGCACGAGCAACCCGACCGGCAGGGUUCAGCGAGCUCGGGAAAUAGCUGGAGAUCACAGGCAACGAUUCGGAACAAUGAAGACAUGAACAAGGACCAAAUACACCCCACUUCUCACGGGCGCGAUGUUGACGCCUUCCCAGGCACCUUGACGGACAAUGUACAAGCUCUGGAUCGCUACCGUACGGGUAGCGACUCGUGGAUUAUUGAAUGGAUGCUAACCCAAAUCCUUUUGUGUACCAGGUCCGGUUCGUCUCAAGCUCCCAAGAUCGACUGGGGUGCCUCCAUGUGGUCAUGGAGCUCUCCCGAUAUCUCGCCCACCGAAGAACGCAAAGGUUCAGGCUUCAGCAACCACCGGAAAGCUAUGGCAGUCCUUGGAGCUGCUAGGGAUGAAACCUCUCGAUCGUCGUCUAGUCCACGCCCCCCACCUAUCCGCCAACCCCGCCCCGGAGAGAACGAGUUCGAGUCGAUAGCUCCUUGGGCAACAUCUUCGGGGGCCGAUGGCCAACGCACCUUUUUCAAUGAUUUUUCUGAGCAUGAAGCAUCACCUGCAUCCGCUACGUUCCGUCCGACGACUGGACGUACGUUUUCUAGUGAACCGGCCGACAUGGAAUACAAUGGAGACCACCGCAGACCGUCCACAACCAGCAUAACCAGCAGCACAGGGUCAAAGUCGAGUCUGAGUCAACGCUGGAAAAAGAAAACAAAGGGCUCGGUCAGCGAAGAUUAUUCUGUCGAUGAGCCAGGAGAUGGGCCAAAUCAACCCAUCAGGCGCGGAGGGCCGGUCGAUCAGCUGCGAGCUCGAGAGAGAGCAAACUCCGACGGCUCCGACGCAUCGCAACGGCAGUCACGGUCUCGAGCAGAGACUCCUUUGCCCUCCAGUGAUAUUACUCCGUGGGUUUACCAGAGCUUCAAUGAUAUUCCGCAGUACGGAGAAGCGCCUGUGCGACCAGUGCCUAUCGGCCCCGAUGGUCAACGACUGGGGUCCCAAGGGUCCGCCGGGAAACCCCGUUCUGCAACCAGAGAUUCCAGUCGACGAGCUGGUAAUGGUCAUCGACAUUCGCGAAGCAAAGAGGAGAGACCGACGCUUGCUGGCGAUCUGGCUGACUAUCAAUUCGCUGGAUACCAGGGUCGCCCCUCUGUUGGACGUGAUGAUUUCGCUGUUGGAUUGAAGCCCUAUCAGGACAGUCGCCUCCACUCCUCGACUGCUAUGAGCUCCUCCACUAAUCUCGGUGGUCGGUCAACGAGCCCGACGCCCAGUGUGCAAAGUGCCAUCUAUCGCGAGCAUGGCCACAAUUCACCCGGGGGACCCCCGAACAAGCAGAACAUUCUGAGCAAGAUUGGCCGAUUUUUGCCGGGGCACAAGCCGCAUGACAAGUCUAAGCGGAAGCAUCGAAGGAGGCUCGACCCCCGCCUUGACACCGCCGACUCAACCAAGAAGGAGUCCGGAAAAGGUCUCGGCAUCGGAGGUCGGAAAUUCCCCCGACGAGGCUUUACUCUGACCGGAGAUGGUCAUCCGCCGCGGGAUGGACCCCAGGGCGAGGAAGGCAAGCAUUAUUUCUCUCUGGAUACCGAUCUUGAAGACAUGCGUGGCGUACGCACAGCUUCUCCUGGCCGGAAGCCUCGCGGGAAUGAUGGUACAACAACCCCUCGGGAGGACUUGACACGGCCAGACGUUCUGCAGGCUGGCGGCAUUGGAUCCGACAGCUGGGCUGCACCGGACAGCUGGCAUGUCAAGAAGCAGGCCGAUGUUGUUGCAGAAGCCACUGAAAAUGCCCCUAAGCCAUCUGCUGGAGUGCGAGAACGUGAUGGAGCUUCUUAUUUCAUUCGGAUAUUCCGUAUUGAUUCGACAUUUGCCACGCUCUCAGCUGGUUUGAACACGUCCGUCGCCGAUGUACUUUAUAUGCUUGGCAAGAAAUCCUUCCUGCAAGACCAUCUCAACAACUACGAGAUCGUACUGCGAAAGAAUGAUCUGUCUCGGCAGCUUGAUCACAAAGAGCGACCAAUUCUCAUGCAGAAGAAGCUUCUCGAGCAAGUUGGAUAUACGGAGAAGGAUCGCAUUGAAGAUAUUGGUCGCGAGGACCACAGCUACCUAUGCCGCUUCGUGUUCCUGCCCACCAAACUGAGUGGAUAUACGAGCCUGGAGGCAGAUCCGGGGUUUAACAAGAUGCAGAAGUUUAGCCACGUGGAUCUUCAAGGUCGAAGCCUCGUUACAAUUCCGAUUACUCUCUAUAAAAAGGCUUCGGAGAUCAUCUCUUUGAACUUGUCCAGGAAUCUGUCUUUGGAUGUGCCAAAGGACUUCAUUCAAAGCUGCAUCAAUCUGCGCGAGAUUAAGUUCAUUGGAAACGAAGCCCUACAGCUUCCAUUGAGCUUCAGUUUGGCAAGUCGAUUGACUUACUUGGACAUUUCCAAUAACUUCUUGGAAGAACUGGAUCAUGCCAGCUUGGAUCAACUCACUGGUCUGGUCAGCAUUAAGAUGGCAAAUAACCAGCUGACCAGCCUUCCAAGCUAUUUCGAGAAUUUCCAGUACUUGCGGAGCUUGAACAUGUCCUCCAACAGUUUCAAGAUCUUUCCUGAGUUCCUCUGCAAUUUGCGAGCACUUGUCGACCUCGAUAUCAGUUUCAAUAACAUCGAAGGCAUCCCUUGCAUUGGAGAACUGACCACCCUUGAGCGUCUCUGGAUGACAAAUAAUAAUAUCAGUGGCCCGCUGGAUGACUCUUUCCAGCAGCUUGUCAAUCUCAGGGAGAUUGAUGGCCGUUUCAAUGCAAUCUCCAGCAUCGACAACCUUUGCGGGCUGCCACGUCUCGAGCAGGUCUUCUUUGGCCACAACUUGGUUUCCCGAUUCAAAGGCUCGGCCCCGAAGCUACGCAGUUUGCAUCUGGACCACAACCCCCUGACACAGUUUGAUAUUGAUUCUCACAUGCCAACGCUGUCAUCGCUCAAUCUUGCAUCGGCCAAUCUCUCUGCUUUCCGAGAUGCAAUCUUUGAGAACAUGCCCAAUGUCUCAAAAUUGAUACUCGACAAGAACCAUUUGUCGUCGAUCCCGGCUCAGAUUGGCAAGCUGCGUCGACUGGAGCACUUCAGCAUCAUCAAGAACCCUCUUGCGUUUGUACCUCCACAAAUCGGAUGCUUGGUCGAGCUCAAGGAAUUCAACUUGCGCGAGUGUAACUUGAAGUCUCUGCCAGAGGAGAUAUGGCACUGUGCGAAGCUGGAAACUUUGAAUGUCUCCACAAAUCUCCUCACGACCUUCCCUAAGCACGGCGCUCCCCAGCCCCUGGUUCCUGGUGAGCCAACGACGACCCCGGUCACAACACCUGCUAUUACCGGAAACCCUAGCUACGAAGAUCUCGGCCCGCUUGACGAACAAGAUGUCCGUCGUCCCAGUCAAACUUCCAACGGAGCUUUGGGAUCCAGUUCUUCUCCAAGCGGAUCAAAUCGCAAUGCGUCGAUCGCGCCUUCUAUUGGACAGUCACAGGGCGGACGGAAGGUUUCCACUGCAUCCCGUUCCAUCAAUACAGAGGGAAGCUCAUCGUCUCGAAAGGACUCGAACUUCUCACAGCAUACCACCACCAUGACGUUUGCGGGCUCCCUUCGCAACCUCUACCUUGCCGACAACCGGUUAGAUGAUGAAGUCUUCCGCGAGCUGGCUCGUCUCCCCGAGCUACGCGUGGUCAAUCUUUCCUACAACGAGUUGACAGAACUACCGCAAGGAGUCCUUCGACGAUGGCCAUGGAUAUCCGAGCUCUACUUGUCCGGAAACGAAUUGACUUCUCUUCCAUCAGAUGACCUGGAAGAGGGCAGCAAUCUCAAGGUUUUGCAUAUCAAUGCGAAUCGCUUUCAGGUCCUUCCGGCGGAGCUGUGCAAAGUCAGCAAGCUUGCUAUUCUCGAUGUGGGCAGUAAUGGAUUGAAAUACAACGUGUCCAACUGGCCCUACGACUGGAACUGGAACUGGAACCGGAGUUUGAAGUAUCUGAAUUUUUCAGGUAACAAACGUCUGGAAAUCAAACCCAACAUCACGUCCUUGGGCCCGCCAGUCACCAAUGGUGCUGAUUUGACUGAUUUCACUUCUCUGACCCAUCUUCGAGUUCUGGGUCUAAUGGAUGUGACUCUCACAAUCCCCACUAUUCCUGAGGAGACCGAAGACCGUCGUGUGCGAACUUCCGCAUCGCUAGCUGGCUCACUCGCAUAUGGCAUGGCAGAUACACUCGGUCGAACAGAGCAUCUGUCCAUCAUAGACAUGAUUGUUCCCCGUCUGAAGCCAGAUAAUGUGGAAACUUUAGUGGGUAUGUUCGACGGUUCAACUAUGUCAAGUGGCGGGUCCCGCGUUGCAAAAUACCUCCAUGAACACUUUACACCUACCUUCUCCCACGAGCUUAAGAGGCUCCAACCGGACCAGGAUGAGACACCACUUGAUGCCUUGAGGCGAGCCUUCUUGGCAUUAAACAAGAACAUGGCAGGUUCAGCCUACAGGUCAAUUGACGACCGGGAGCUUCGACAAUACAACCGCAGAUCAUCCAACACAAAGCAGCUCAAUCAGGAUGACAUUCAAUCGGGUGGUGUUGCAACAGUCUUGUACCUGAACAAUAUGGACUUGUAUGCUGCCAAUGUCGGAGAUGCUCAGGCAAUCCUCGUGAAGUCCGACGGCUCAUUACGCAAUCUGACGCAGUACCAUGACCCUGCAGAGGCCAGUGAACGAGCUCGCAUCCGAGCUGCUGGUGGCUUUGUGGCUCGCAAUGGAAAACUCAAUGACGUUCUUCCCGUAUCGCGCUGCUUCGGUCAUUUCCCCAUGAUGCCAGCCGUCAUUGCAGCACCAUAUACUAUGCACACAACUUUGACGGAGCAGGACGAGAUGAUCAUUAUCGCUUCAAAGGAGCUAUGGGACUAUGUGGCGCCUGACCUCGUGGUUGAUGCCACAAGAGCAGCUCAUCCAGAUUUGAUGUUUGCUGCUCAAAAACUACGUGACCUGGCCAUCUCUUUUGGAGCUACCAACAAGCUAAUGGUCAUGGUUCUCGGUGUAAGCGAACUGCAGAAGCGGCAAAAGAAGUUCUCUCGCCCUAGCAUGAAUCUGGAACGCUCUGCAUUCCCUGAGGACCAGAUUGUUCCGAAGACCAAGCUUCGUAAGCGACCUCGUGAUGCAGUUGGAGAUACUCGCCUGGCUCGCUUCGACCGCGUGGACGCUCCGAUCGGUGAACUUGCUAUCAUCUUUACUGAUAUCAAGAAAUCAACCGGUCUGUGGGAGACGUGUCCUGACGCAAUGCGUUCAGCUAUUCAGAUUCACAAUGAUAUUCUCCGGCGUCAGCUUGGAAUCAUUGGUGGGUAUGAGGUCAAGACAGAAGGUGACGCUUUCAUGGUUGCUUUUAAUUCUACAACUGCGGCGUUGCUGUGGUGCUUCAACUGUCAAAACCAGCUGCUUGAAGCUGAGUGGCCGACGGAAAUUCUUGAGCAACCUCAGUGCCGGAUCGUGUAUGACAUGGAGAACAACAUCAUCUUCCGCGGCCUGUCUGUCCGCAUGGGUGGUCACUGGGGCGAACCUGUCUGCGAAAACGAUCCAGUCACCAAUCGCAUGGACUACUUCGGUCCUAUGGUCAAUCGAGCAUCCCGUAUAUCGGCUGUCGCUGAUGGAGGUCAAAUUUUCGUCUCUUCUGACUUCAUGAGCGACAUUCAGCGCAACCUUGAGGUCUUUGCUGAUGCCGAGCGCUCUGCAUCGACAAGUUCAAACGAUAGCCAUCCGCGUAUGGACAGUCUUGGACACACCAUCCGUCGCGAGCUGCAGCAACUGAACAGUCAAGGCUUUGUGAUCAAGGAUCAAGGCGAGCGGAAGCUCAAGGGACUGGAGAAUCCUGAGCCCCUUUACCUUGUUUACCCGCACUCCCUUGCAGGCCGAAUGACCGCGUCUGAAGAGGCGGCGCAAGACUCAAGUGCCAAUCCAGCCAUCAUUCCAGCUGGCUCUGAGCUCGACCUAAAAACUGAUUUGAUUUGGCGCUUGUGGGAGGUCACCCUCCGCCUGGAACGCCUUUGUGGAGCUUUGGAGAACUCAAGCGAACCUCGACUCCGCGAGCCAAAUGUGGCACUAUUCAAUAUGGUCAAGAACCACGGUGGCGAGCUGAAUGAUUCGACCGUGAUCAGCUUGGUCGACCAACAAGUGACGCGUAUUGAGGCCGCCAUCAACACUUUGUCUGUGCGCCAUAUGCUGCGUCCUUUCCAACCGGGUGACCGACUCGAAGACCACGCUGUGCCCAUCGGCGAAGUCAUGCAACAAUUACAGACCCAGCUUGCUGAAUACCGCGCUCUCAAAGAGCAAAUGGCCACAGGGGCAACUGGCAUCCCUGACGAAACGCCCCCUCAAUAUGGAGGCAUGAACAUGCACCCCUCUGCGAGCGCAGUUAGUAUCCCCAAUUCUACUUCCUCAUCCGUCAUGAACCGUUCUGGUACACCAGACACCCGCUCUUUCGACCUUCAACGCAGCAACCGUUGA